CGUGCAACCUAGCGCACCGUAUACCCACCCACCAAAAAGCCUCCUAGGCUCGAUCGAACCUUCCUCAUUCUAUCGCCACCUCCUCUAAGCUCUGUCUCCGUCUCUCUCCCCUCCGUCGCCACCUAGGGCACUGUAUUCCCUAAUCUUAAUUUCCUCAACCCCAAAUCUCUCUGCAGCCUGCAACUGACGAGGAUUUUUGUUAUCUGAGACAUGGAUAAGGACCUCCCCAAUAUAAAGAGAUGGGUUGUGAUAUAUCCUGUUUAUAUUAAUUCAAAGAAAACCGUAGCUGAAGGGAGACGAAUAAGUGUCGAGAAAGCGUGUGAGAGUCCUACUUGCGCUGAAAUCGGUGAUUGCUGCAGCCAUUUCAAGCUCCCAUUUGCAAUUGAGAUAGAUAAGGCUUAUCCGCGGGAUUUUAUGCAAAUAGGGAGAGUGAGGGUCUUGCUGAAAAGGGAAGAUGGAACUCCAUUUAAUCCAGCCAUUACAACCAGGAAACAGCUGAUGCUCAAAGUUGCCGAGUUGGUUCCUAGACAUCCUGGCAGGACUAAGAAGCAGGAGCCUGCUGCAUCCGCAUCAACUGCUGGACCGUCCAAAUCUGGGAAACAUGGAAAGAAGAAGAGAUAGCUCCAGAGUCUCACAAAUCACUCAUAACUUUCCCUUUGACAUUAAACUCUACUGGAAUGCAAAGGCUCCCAUUUAACAGGAUCCUAAUUUUCAAUCAGUCGCAACUCAUUGCCAGUGUAGACAUUAUACCUUGGUUAUGGUUGAAAUUACGUACACAACGUAAACCAGCAUAUGUGUAGAGGAUGAUUUAUUUGGUUUGGUUAGAACAUUUCCUUCUUUUGGGAAAGUUGGAGAUAGUUUUGUUAUAUUUAAUUUGGAUUUUAAAUUUUUU